GAGCUAUGGGACACACGGUCCCCUGCGUAUCAGGACCGUGUGCGGAAGGAGAUUUCUUGGGAGAAAGUGUUCCGUCGCCUCAAGCCACGUGACAGGGAGAAAGCGGAUAACCGAGGUCGUGCAGAACUAGCUGCAGGUACCAGUUCCGGAGGGAGCUGAACGAAAAGGGCCGCAGUGGAGAAGGGUCUUCAUAAAAAAGGCCAUACAUUUGCACUGAGCAACUCAGCAUUCUUCGCCCGGUGAUGGAGUUGAGGCCUACUGUGGACAAUCUUGAGGACACAGAAAAAUCAGAUAUGGGUGGUGAAGAAACGCCUGCGUUUUUUUCACAUGAAUCAAGCCCGCAACAUUCUCCUGCUGUGGAAGCAACUGAACCACCCAUGGCAAUGAGUGGCGGGGAACCCAAAAGGCCCCAAACUUCGCAACAGCCCAGAAGGAGGAGGAAUGUCCGUCAGUCUUCCUCUGAGCUAGCAACUCGGGAAAUGAUAGAUGCCCGAGUUAUCCAGUUCCUAGCUCAGAGGAGGACUGAUGGACAAGAAGAACUCAUGCUAAGGGGGCUUGCGCCAAUGAUGAGGCAGGUUCCCCAACCUAGCCAUCAACAAUGUGUUGCGUCCCUAGCACUGGUUCUAAAAAUGUACUCUCUCCCAUACCAGAGAGACAUAUUAUUUGACAUCAAUCAGUUGCUGCAAGAAAUUUUGAUGGCUUCAAAUAAGCAGCCUACCUCCUUUCAUCAGGCUCAACAUCCAAGCCAUGGUCCUCCUUCUGCGGGACCUACUUUCCAGGGGUCACAAGACCGAAACCCUCCCCUUGCCCAGUCCUUGAAUGUGAGCAUGUUUCCAGCUGGUACACCCCAACCAGCCCAGGUACGGCCGGGAUCUUCGUACGCCCCUGGCUCUUUUACAAGAGACUUAUUUGAUUUGUAA